AUGUUGAGCUCUUUCGUUCAAAAGUUUAUCGAUCAGUCUCCCCUCUCCUCGACUCCCGAUGAUCGCCCUUCGAAAGCCUCUCUCUUCCGGGAGCAGUUCAGGCUCCCUGCGGGCCAAAACCCUUUGCACGAAAUAUCCGCCGAACUCUUCCUUCCGCUACCCUCCUCCUCGACAGGCGGACCGGUAACUUCUGGGGAGAAGUCGAAGGACAAUGGUAACAGAUAUGGAGGGGAGCUGCAUUUGAGUGAACACUUUCUGUGUUUUUCCACCAUUCGUACAAGUUUCCUCCCAACCGCGAGUCACUCCUCCUCCACCUCUUUCACUGGCCCUACACAGGGAGCAGGGCCUGGCGGUCAUGGAUUCACCCUCCCACUCUGCUCAAUACGGCGAGUCGAAAGACUGAACAGCCAUCAAGACAAGUUCUGCCUUGCCUUGACUACCUUCGAAUCCAUACAGAAGCCGUUGGCUGAGAAGCCCAAAGCGCCAUUGCCCCCGCCCCGGAAACUCAUCAUUACACUGGAUGGAAGCCGUAUUGCCUGCGAGCGAUUCUGCGACGGGCUCAAGAAGGGGCUUAGGGAAGGAAUGAAGGAAGUAGACACGCUACGGGCCGUGGUAUCACAGUGCUACUCCGAGUACCUGCUAGAUCCGGUCCGAAUCAAAGCGAAAGAGGAUGGCACGCAGGCCCCGGACCCGCCUGACACCGGCCUAGGAAUGUUAUUCAGAUACCCGGGUGAUGCCAGGAAACUCAGGGAUAGGAGUAAGAUGAGGCUAUGGGGCGAAUAUCUACGAGAAAAUGGUCGGAAUGCGACCAUAGUGAGACAGCCCACCUUUCACAAACUCAUUCGUGUUGGUCUUCCCAACCGGUUGAGAGGCGAGAUAUGGGAAAUAUCUUCGGGCUCGUUCUACACGAGACUACGAAAUCCCCACCUGUACGAGAAAACCUUGACCAAGUUCACCGGCAAGGAGUCGCUGGCCAUCGACGAGAUUGAGAAGGAUCUGAAUCGAAGUCUGCCAGAGUAUCCUGGCUUCCAGAGCGAAGAGGGAAUCGGCAGGCUGCGGCGGGUGCUGACGGCAUACAGCUGGACGAACGAAGAGGUCGGUUAUUGUCAGGCCAUGAACAUAGUCGUGGCCGCCCUACUCAUCUACCAAUCCGAAGCGCAGGCGUUCUUCACGCUGGGCACCCUUUGCGAUCGAUUGCUCCCCGGAUACUAUUCGAAAGACAUGUACGGCACUCUGCUGGACCAGCGAGUCUUUGAAAAGCUGGUCGAGCGGACAAUGCCCGUGCUGUGGGACCACCUCGUGAAGUCGGACGUCAAUCUCUCGGUCGUAUCGCUACCAUGGUUUUUGUCGCUCUAUAUAAACUCGAUGCCUCUUAUUUUUGCAUUCAGAGUCCUGGAUGUCUUCUUCCUAGAGGGUCCAAAAGUCCUGUUUCAAGUUGGACUGGCCAUCUUACGCAUCAAUGGUGAAGAUUUACUUGACGUACCCGAUGAUGGCUCAUUUAUCUCCAUCUUGAAGGACUACUUCUCGCGACUCGACGAGUCAGCUCAUCCACACUCUGAAAACGAAAAGUUGAGAGCCAUCACAAAAUUCCAAGAACUAAUGGUCACCGCGUUCAAAGAGUUUGCGGCAAUAACGAAUGCCAGCGUGGAAGAACUACGUUCGAAGCACAUCGAUAGUGUCAAAGAAGGACUAGCUACCUUCGCCAAGCGGACGUCCAUCAGAAACUUAGGACCGGAGAGCAAGAAGCUCAGUGCUGAAGAUCUCAGUUCUAUCUACGAUCGUUUCUUUGCCGUCUUGUCCGAGCGACAGGCUCGUGCAAAGGCAAGAGAAGAAGAACGCCGGAAGCAAGAGCAUCACAAAGUCCGACCGGGCCUGUGGAACCGUCACUCCUCUUACAACCAAGACGAACCAGCUCGUAACGAGGCUCCCUUGCAGACCAUGGAUUACGAUGCAUUUCGGGAGUUUUUGGCACAUACUGCCAAAUGGGCGGUGAGCGACUCGCCCAGCAUGUCCGCAAAGGAGGUCGGCACUCCCAACAUGAGCCAGCGAAAACGCAGUGCCACCUUUUCUCAAUGGGGGUACAGUCCUGAGCCAGCGGAUCACGACUUUAUGCAAAGGUUGUAUGGCAAAUGGGACGAGUCUCAACAGGGCGCGAUGACCUUGCAACAGUUAGUACGGGGGCUGGCUCAAUUCAAAGGCACGACCGACAUCAUGAACUCGAUGAGCCUCUUUUUUGAUCUCUUUGAUGAGGAUUCUACAGGGAAAGUCGACCGAGAAGGAAUACUGAGAAUGUCGGAGUCACUGCUCUUCCUGUCCCGUCGAGGCUUCGACGGCACAAUUGUCUCUACAGGUUCGACUGGUGUCACUUCCCCUCUAUCCGCGACCGAGGCAGCCGACGCACUGAAACAAAGUACCAACGAGAAAUUUCUAGGCAGUGUGAGCGCUUUCAUUAGACGGUGUUUCGAGUACGCUGAUCCCGACGAAGCUGUCGAAGAGGCCAACGCCAAACUCGAAAAUACCAGCCUCAGCGCCAAUGAGCAGCAAGAAGGCGAUGACCUCCUCGAUUUCGCAGAGAGUGAUGAUAUGCACCAUAAAAGUCCAAUGUCUCCACGGCCCACGGAGAAAGACCCUCUUUCCGAAAUCACGCCACCUGGCUCACCAUCCCCAGCCGCUCUGGCGCCAGCGAAGGACAAACGUAUAAGUUCAGCGUCACGUGCCGCGUCGCACAAUCUGGCCCUCAACCCGAACAAACCCUUACAUAUCACGUUGCCGACGUUCCGCAUGGUGAUUCUCGCCGACGAACUCCUCGAGCAGUUCUUCGAGACUUUCUUUCCCCAAUCGUUCCGUCUCUCGGACUCUCCGAACGCCAGCACGGUUUCGUUGCCGAGCAGUACUCUGUCCGGCAAUCUGACGACGUUCAGCAAUCUUGGCACACCGGUGAAGAAUCUGAUCAACGGCGCAGGCGGCGGCUCUAACAGAACGGUCAUCGACGUCGGACGUGCAGGCGGCAUAGUCGAGCCUGGAUCCCGCGGUCUCAGAGGUGUGCUGGACAACAUCGUCAAUGACGGAAUGAGGAUGGCUGCGGAGAUGAGGAAGCGAAUGGACGAGGCCCAGCGCGAGUUUGAACGCAACGCUCGCGAGGGACAGCAGAGAGGAGCGUAUAGAGAUGACGAGGACGACGAUGACGACCAGGAGGAUAGCACAGAAUUGGGCAAACGUGAUCAGGAGUUGCUCGAGGGCGCUGAGGUCGCCAGUAUCAAAACCGAAGGACGGAGUAGGGCGGAGAGCACGAACAGUGGCGGGCAUCCGCCGUCAGGGUUAGGCGAGGGAGUGAGUAUAUUGGAUGUAGCUUGA